CGUUUCGCGGGGGGCGGGGCGCAGCGACGGGGCGGGGCCGCCGCAGGAGCCGGGAAUGGGGGGCGGCGGGCUGUGGUCCGCGCGCCUCUGGGUGACGUUGGUGCUGGCGUGGGGCGCGGCGGGCGCCGACGGGCAGCAGGAGGCGGCGGCCGGGCCGGCGGGCGCCGAGGAGUCGUGCGCGGCCGAGGCGGAGGGGUGGCCGCACGCUCCCGUCCCGCCGGCCGCGGCCUUCGGCGCCGUCGCCGCCGCGUCCUACCGCGGCCCCGGCAACAACGACACGCGGGCCAACAGGGCGCUGCCCAUCCUGCUGUGGUGGAGCGGCAGCCUCUUCCCGCACUUUCCCGGCGACACGGAGCGCAUCGACUGCCCGCGCGGCUCCUGCCUGGUCACGCGGAGCCGGCGGGCGGCGCGGCACCGCCGCACCAAGGCCCUCAUCUUCUACGGCACUGACUUCAGGGCCUACGAGGCGCCGCUGCCGCGCCUUCCCCACCAGACCUGGGCCCUCUUCCACGAGGAGUCCCCCAUGAACAACUACGUCCUCUCGCACGCGCCCGGCAUCCGGCUCUUCAACUACACGGCCACCUUCCGCCGGGAGUCUGACUACCCGCUCACGCUGCAGUGGCUGCCCGGUGCGGGGUACCUGCGGCGCCCGGCGGUGCCCCUGGCCGAGAAGGACGCGUGGCGGCGGCGGGGCUAUGCGCCCGUGCUGUACAUGCAGUCCCACUGCGACGUCCCCUCGGACAGGGAUCGAUACGUGCGGGAGCUCAUGAAGUACAUCCAGGUUGACUCCUAUGGGAAAUGCCUGCAUAACCGUGAGCUUCCCAGUGAGCGAUUGCAAGACACUUCUACAGCCACUACAGAAGAUUCCGAAUUCAUGAACUUUAUUGGCAGGUACAAGUUUCACCUGGCCUUGGAAAACGCCAUAUGUAACGACUACAUGACUGAGAAACUGUGGCGUCCGAUGCAUUUGGGUGCUGUCCCUGUAUACCGAGGCUCCCCAGCUGUGCGAGAUUGGAUGCCAAACAACCUCUCCAUCAUUCUCAUAGAUGACUUUGACAGUCCUCAAGAGCUAGCAAAGUAUCUUGAUUUCCUGGACAAGAAUGGAGAGCAAUAUAUGAAAUAUCUAGAGUAUAAAAAAACUGGUGGAAUCAAAAACCAGUUCUUGCUAGAGAGCUUGGAGAGGCGGGAGUGGGGUGUGAAUGACAUGACUCUGCCCAAUUACCUGAAUGGCUUCGAGUGUUUCAUCUGUGACAGGGAGAAUACCCGAGUCAAAGAGGAGCAGGAACACAAAAAGUCUCAUGGGAAAUUUCCAGCUCCCAGACCUCGAAUUGCUCAGUUCAAACAUAUGGGAUGUCCUAUGCCAACUCCUGGGUUUGGAAAUGUUGAAGAUCUCUCUGGAGGAGACAGUUGGAAAGAGAUGUGGCUGCAGGAUUAUUGGCAAAGUCUUGAUCAGGGUGAGGCUCUCACUGCUAUGAUUCAUCGCAAUGAGUCACAUCAGGGAAGAUUUUGGGAUUAUAUGCAUGAGAUUUUUCUCAAGAGGACCAGGCAACACUGACCCAUCUUUGGAAGACUUUGACUUGAAAACUGCAUUGAAAGUUGUGAGAGUGAGAAUUCUUACCUCAUGCCAAAUACUUGCCUUGAAAUAGAAGAAAAACUAUUUCAGAGAUUAUUUUUCUGAUGGAUAAAGUGAGUAAGUCUUUGUUGUGAUUGUAUUUCAGCUGUGCAGAUGUUAUCCACUGCUUUGAUUUGAAUUUCAGCUCGUCAGUGUGAAGCUACUACUGACCUGCAGGUUUCAAUGUCUGGGGCAGAAGAACUUACUCUGCUUGUGCAUUUGGUAUAGGUUUGUUUCCCUGUGGCUUACGUGACUUCAGAUGAACAUGUUUUCAGACUCUGUUCAAAUAGCUUAGGUUAUUUCACUGCAGGGUUUUUUUAUUUCUAAAAUAUACAUUGCUGUUUUUAUAAAUAUUUUACCAAUCACUUAUUCUCCUCAUUAUGUUAUAUGUUUAGCUGCUAAUAAAUAACUUUUUCAAUGAAGGAAUUACAGAAGACUAGUGUCUGUGGAGAGCAGUUGUGCCUUAUGAAAUACCAGCAAUAAAAUCUAUUCUCCCCAAGUAAACGUGCCUCAAAUAUUCUUACUUUUCAGGGUAAAUGAAUGGCUUUGGGUGGGUUACUUACUCUCUGCUGAAUUUUGUUCUUUUGCUGACUUUGCAGGUGAUGCAUAUGGAUUGGACUAAAGGCUACUUGGUUGAAAGUUGGGAAUUAAAUAAUUUAUUUUAACAUAAAAGCAUGUUACCUGGUAUCGUGUAGAACCUGAGUAGAAUUAGUAUGCUUUGGGUUUUUUUAAGUUUCCAUCAAGUCUGAAAUCCUGGCUAUAAUUAUUUCUUGUUCUCUCCCUAAUGCCAAGGAUUCAGAGGUCUUUGAUUUGUUCUUUUCCAGUGUCUGCAGCUUUUUUCUUUCAGUUUCUCAGGGCUUACCUAUACAGAGAUACUUAAGUGAAUGUAUCUGAAUUAAUCUGUAAAGUGGAUUACUCAAGUCAGAUUAAGAUUAUAGAUGGGUGUAUUCAGGACUAAAUUUCCUUCUCAAGCAUAUUAUGGCAAUUUAAGAUAAAACAAGUUAAGGCUGCUUUAAUUUUGAAUAUGAUCGUCUGCUGAACAGCUUAAUGAGAUUUAAAUAAAUUGUUUGAAUUAAUGCCCUCAA